CUGGAUGGAUAAGUCGUUGACAAACUGAAGAAGAAACACCAGUGAUUCACAAAAAUGGCAACCCUUUCAAACUCAACUCCUUUGUCGCAGAAAGUCUUCUCUGCCACUGGAAGAAAUUCCCUCUCAACAAGACACCAUCGUUCUUCUCUUAGAUUUUCUGCUUCAAGAAGAGACGACGAUCCCGAACAAGUACAACCUAAUGAAAAUGUAUCCCAAUUCAAGGAGCUAAGAAGCGUAGCUUGUGGCGUCCUUGCUGUCUGGGCAGUGACUGCUGCCUCACCCGUCAUCGGGGCAAAUAUAAGGUUGCCGCCGCUGUCAACAGAGCCCAACAGGUGUGAGCGUGCAUUUGUUGGCAACACCAUUGGUCAAGCAAAUGGUGUGUAUGACAAGCCACUCGAUCUCCGCUUUUGUGAUUACGCAAAUGACAAGUCCAACCUCAAGGGCAAAUCUCUCGCUGCGGCGCUCCUGUCCGAAGCUAAAUUUGAUGGGGCUGACAUGACUGAAGUCGUCAUGACCAAGGCUUAUGCCGUUGGAGCAAGCUUUAAGGGUACAGACUUCUCCAAUGCAGUUCUGGACCGAGUCAACUUUGGGAAAGCCAACCUCCAGGGAGCUUUAUUCAAGAAUACUGUACUAUCUGGAUCCACCUUUGACGGAGCUCAACUUCAAGAUGCAGUUUUCGAUGAUACUAUCAUAGGAUACAUCGACCUUCAGAAGCUUUGCACAAAUAAAACUAUCAGCGAGGAUGGGAGAGCUACUUUGGGGUGCCGAUGACUCCGGCCUUGUUUUCCAUCGCUUUCGCUUCUGAUCCAAUUUUCUCUCUAAGACUAAUGGUGUAAACUGCAAUUUUUGUAUUUAUGAGAAUUUAUAAUGUAAUGCACCUCAAAUUGCAGAUUUACUGUGUCCUCGUUUUCGUACAGAUUUGUUAUAGCCCAUGUAGGCAAAACAUCUCAGUUUUCAUAAGCUUUGUUUGUUGUCAGUUUCUAAUGUCAGUUAUGCUGCAAAUGUUGCCAG